UGGUAGCGGUUUCAAUGAAUUCAUUCAACAGAACAGAUUCAAACUCAAACAGACAGUAAGACUUUGUAUUUGCCUCCCUCACCAUUUUCCUCUUCCUUUUUCCUGCCUGCAUCCUUCUCCCUCUGUGUCACUUCAUCCUGACUCCUCCCUCAGUCCACCCCGGUGUCCGCACAGCCUCCCUCCGCUUAUUUUAAUCUCUUCUCAACUCAUUCGUCUUUUGGUUCCACCAAAAAGCCACAGACAGUCGCAGUGUUUCACCUCAAGACAGAAUGCCUUUUGGAGGAGGAAACAAGUGCGGGUGCUGCCAAAAAACCGUCUACUUUGCCGAGGAGGUGCAGUGUGAAGGGAAGAGCUGGCAUAAAUCCUGUUUUCUGUGCAUGGUCUGUAAGAAGAACUUAGACAGCACAACUGUUGCUGUUCAUGUGGACGAAAUCUACUGCAAAUCAUGCUACGGCAAGAAGUACGGGCCAAAAGGCUACGGCUUCGGAGGUGGAGCGGGGACACUGAGCAUGGAUACAGGAGAAGGACUUGGAAUAAAGCCUGAAGUACAAGGUCCUCAUCGUCCAACAAAUAACCCAAAUGCCUCUAAGUUUGCCCAGAAGGCAGCAGGCUCAGAGGUGUGCCCCAGAUGUGAGAAAACUGUGUACGCAGCAGAGAAAGUUAUCGGGGGAGGCAAUUCAUGGCAUAAGGGCUGCUUUCGUUGUGCCAAAUGUGGCAAAGGCUUGGAGUCUACGACCCUCGCUGACAGGGACGGGGAGAUCUACUGCAAAGGUUGCUACGCAAAGAAUUUUGGUCCAAAGGGCUUCGGCUUUGGUCAGGGUGCAGGAGCCCUGGCCCAUUCCAAGUGAGGCCUGAGGCCUCAGCUCACAUGGGACUGGUAUCUGGUGGGUGUGCUCUGAUAUCCCAGCUUCCAGUCCGUUUCGGUCAAUAUCUACCCUCCCCUUUUUGCUACAGGCAAUAACCACUGAUCCAUGCAAUAUGCAGCAUUUUGUGCACAUUCGCCAAACAGAUGGUGUUGCAUUAGAAUCUGAUGCACAAGCUUAACAUUUAAAAAUGUUUUAACUGAGUGUUUAAUGAGCUGACUUUAAAAUUGAACUAUGCUGUUGCGUUUUAAGGGGACAACCACGCUUGUUCAUUUUGAUUUAUAUCUAAAUUAGUUCAAGUGAAAAGAAAAAAACUAUGAACAUAUUUCAAGACUGUGGGGGAAAAAAAAGCUUUCCACGCUGACCUAUGCAUAACAUAAUGUGCAUAUUGUGUUAAGAUGUUCUUAUUCUGCACAGACACUGAAUAAACAUCAAG